AUGGCCUUCGCGACGAAGAAGCAAAGCAGCACUAAGGCCAGAAAUGCCACCGCCAACAAUACCGAUAUGCAUUUAUGGAAAUACGACUUGAGUUUGUGAUCAAAGUAUGGUUGAUAAUCAAGAAAGUCAAAACAGUGAAUUGAGAGCUAUCGAAUACCGUGGUACAUCGACUCUGAGGAGGAGACAAGGGUUUGUAGGUGGAGUACGGAACUAAGCGCUUUACAGCCUUUCCUGCGCUUGAAUGUACUUAUUCUUAUGCGAACUAGAUUACGAUGAGCAGCAGCUCCUCUUUUCUGUAGCAAGCUGAGUCACUUAGUGGCUAGGAAAAGUGGUUUUUGUACUCCACUCGCAACCCUGGUCUCCUCCUUAGAGUCGAUUUACCACGGUAGUUGAAGGGCUGAAGAGUUGAAGACUUCACAUUACUGCCAAGUGUACCUUUACAGGACGUUUUCGGCCCCUUUGAUUGAAGUGAGAGUCUGAUUUUGCAGUCGGAGGCGGAGUUGAGACUCAUCUCUGUAUAAAGAUUUCGCAAAGGUAUGUGGACUUAUGAGGUAUCUUCAAGAAUUAUAACAACACUCUGCAACACUAACUACAUAGCCGUCGAUUAAGCUUACUGAUUGUAACUCUUUAUCGCUAAGCUAAUCUGAAAACGUACCGGGUAUUAAACUUUGUGCUUCUAUCCUUUUUCUUUCCCCUCUCCAUCCAUCUUUUUGUUUUCUUUUGGUCUGCUUCAAUAGUGUCGCAUUUCAAACCUCGUGAAUACCUUCUCAAAAUCUCUUCCACCCCAAAGAACAUACUCAGCAAAUACAUAUCGUAAUAGGAUUGCCUCAACUUGUGGAUCCGGCCGCUGAUAAUCGGGAUCAAAGUAUCCUGGAAACAGGGAGACCCCAAAAGACGGAGCCGGAAAAUAUCAAGCUCCACCCUGCAGAAAAUCCCAUCAACUGGCCAGCAAGAAAGAAGUGGUCCUCGACUAUAAUCUUAGUCCUCAUGGUAGCAAACAUUGCUUUUUGCUCUAGUAUUCAUGCAGCUACUGUAGAAGGUGUCGAAACUACCUUCAAAUGCUCCAAGAUCGUAGCAAAACUAGGCAUCACGACCUUUCUCAUUGGACUUGCCACGGGGACUUUAUGUUUUGCUCCCAUUUCUGAAGUUUGGGGAAGACUUCUUGUCUUUCGCUUUACUCUUGGCCUAUUCGUCUGUUUCAAUGCUGGCUGUGCUCUGGCACCAAAUAUUCAGGCUCUUCUGAUUUUCCGGUUCUUGAGUGGCUUUUUCGGGUCCUCUGCUGGUACGUCUUACAUAAAUCUCCUCAUACCGACCAAAGGACGUCGUAAUUCUGACUCCAACCAGUGGCAAACACUGGAGGUGCUCUCGCAGAUAUUUGGCCGCAAAGCCAUCGCUCUGUACCAUUCGCUCUUUUCGCCACCGGAGGCUCACUUGGGCCUGUUUUUGCUCCGAUUGUUGGGGGGUUUAUUUCCCAGGUAAGCUGACUUCAACUCAUGUAGGUAUUGCAGACAGCUAACGCCCUUCCAGUAUCUGAUUUGGAGAGGGUCAGUGUGGCGUGCCUAUACUAGUUUCAUAGUAUGCUAACAGGAAAUGGCAGAAGUUACUGGCUUCUCAGCAUCCUUUCAGGGGUGAUAUACGUGGCUAUGAUUAUCAUACUUCCGGAAACAUAUGCUUCAGUGCUACUUCAAUGGAAAAUGGAGAAAGCUGGAAUUCAACCAGCCCAUCAGGCAUUGACAGAGAGAUAUGUUACGACUCUCACCCAACCAUGGAUGAUGUUAUUCACCGAACCUAUUCUGUUUACUCUCGGUCUUUACUCAGCAUGUAUUUGGGGCAUUCUGUAUCUGAACUUUACCGCCUACCCAUUUGUCUUCCAAACAGAACGAAAAUGGGAUCAAGGAGUUGCAGGUCUUUCACUACUUGGAAUUACCCUAGGAAUGACAAUUGCCACAGCAAGCUCCCCGUGGAUCGAUGACAUAUACUGUGCUUAUACCAAGAAUCUCAAAGGACCGAAGCCAGAAGCACGCCUCCCGCAUCUAAUCUUUCUCGCAUGGCUGGUUCCUGUAGCGUUAUUCUGGUUCGGAUGGACUGCAACUCCACCAACACACUGGAUGGUCUGCAUAUCUGCCGGAGUCCCAUUUGGUAUCGGUUUCAUUACAUUAUUUCUCGGGGCGAACGCAUACCUGACUGAUUGCUAUGGCCGUUUCUCAGCGAGCGCACUUGCUGCCCAUGCAGUCAUGAGACUGUCCUUUAGUGGCACUUUCCCACUAUUCGCAACACGACUUUAUGAUGAGCUAGGGACACCAUGGGCUGCUAGUACACUGGGUUUCAUAACUUUGGCAAUGGCACCUGUGCCGUGGUUGUUUUACAAGUAUGGGCCGAAGCUCAGAUCACUGUCUAAGUAUCAUAUAUGGACAUUGGAGUUGGAAGAGACGGAGAGAGAAAGUGAGUGA